CAGGUUUGAGUUAGUAUUCUCAGAACAGCAGAGGUAUAAAAGAGUGGAAAAGAACAGAGUUGGAUUUUUCUCAGUUACACCGAAGACAUGCUGCAGACUCUCGUUAUUGUUCUGCUGCAGGUGGUGUUUGUUUUUGGGUGUGGUUCACCUGCUGUAAAUCCUGACACCAGUAGGGUUGUCAAUGGAGAGGAUGCACGUCCCCAUAGCUGGCCUUGGCAGAUCUCCCUGCAAGUAAAACAUGGCAGCCGCUACCAUCAUACAUGUGGAGGAACUCUGGUUGCACCUCGCUGGGUGCUGACCGCUGGACACUGCAUAUGGCCAGGAGAUGUGUAUCGUGUGGUUUUAGGGGAGCAUGACAUGAGCCUGCAGGAGGGAACAGAGCAGAUCAGAGAUAUCCUGCGCAUUGUUGUCCAUCCUGAGUGGGACAUCGACCAUGUGGCCAAUGGCAAUGAUCUUGCCCUCCUGAAACUGGAUAAGAGCCCCAUCAUUAAUGACAGCAUCGGUGAGGCUUGUCUUCCUCAGGCAGGAGAGAUCCUCGCUCAUGGGACCCCUUGUUACAUCUCUGGUUGGGGCAACCUUUACACCCACGGCCCCAUGCCAGAUAAACUGCAGCAGGCCUUGCUUCCCGUGGUGGAGCAUAGCGUUUGCAGCCACAGCGACUGGUGGGGCAACACUGUGAAGAGCACCAUGGUCUGUGCAGGAGGGGACGUCAUUUCUGCAUGCAAUGGGGACUCUGGAGGUCCUCUGAGCUGUCUGGGUCAGGAUGGUAGAUGGUACAUUCAGGGCGUAACCAGCUUUGUAUCUUCCACUGUGUGCAACGAAGUGAAAAAACCCACCGUCUUCACUCGCAUUUCUGCCUUCACCGAGUGGCUCAAUGAGGUGAUCCAGAAUUACUGAAGGUCUUUUGGAUGCCAACCAAAAAAAAACUAUAUCAAAAGAAGUAAAGUUGUAGACAAACAACAGCUUACCAAAUAUUUUGAAAAAUAAAAUGUAACUCUUU